AUGGUUACGAGAACUCAGAUAUUAGCUCUUAUAGUAGACUACUUGAGUCGGGAUGAAGACUUGAGCAAGGCCGCCAGAGUUUUAAAGAAGGAGUUGGACAAACAGAAUAUUGAAAUUCCUGAUGUCACUGAAAAGUUGGAGACUAUUUUAGAACAACUUAUUCUGAAUGGCAGUGUUUCUAACAGUUUCUCAGCAGCAGCAUCUAGUUCUUCAGAAGAUUCUGAUGAUGAAAGAUCAGACUCAAGUUCAAGCUCAGACUCAAGUUCAAGCUCAGACUCAAGUUCAAGCUCAGACUCAAGUUCAAGCUCAGACUCAAGUUCAAGCUCAGACUCAAGUUCAAGCUCAGACUCAGACUCAAGUUCUGGCUCUGAAAGUGAACUGUCUGAUGAUGAAGAUGAGGAGAUGGAAGAAGCAAAGAAGGAAGAGAGCUCCAGCUCUGAUUCCAGUUCGUCAUCUGACUCUGACUCUGAUUCCUCAUCUGAUUCUGACUCCAGCUCUGACUCUGAUUCUUCAUCUGAUUCUGACUCCAGCUCUGAUUCCAGUUCUUCCUCAUCUAACUCUGAUUCCAGCUCAGACUCCGGCUCUGAUUCCAGCUCAGACUCCAGUUCCUCCUCAUCAGAGUCUUCAUCGGACUCUGAAUCUGAAAACAAAAAGAGAUCAGUUGAAGAUGAAAAGACUAAAUCUUCAAAGAAGCAAAAGCUCGACUCUUCUGUUACCGACUCUAUGUCACCUACUCCCGAAAUUCCCUCUAACUACAUUGCUGCUGACGUUGAUGAGGACUUGAAGCCUGGUCAAAGAAAGCAUUUUUCUCGUAUCGACAAGAGCAAGAUCGGGUUCGAAGAUAAAGUCUUGAAGGACAACACAUAUAAGGGAGCUGCUGGUACAUGGGGUGAGAUUGCCAAUGACAGAUUAUCUAAAGUCAGAGGAAAGGAUUUCACCAAGAAUAAGAAUAAGAUGAAGAGAGGUGCGUACAAGGGUGGUUCAAUUACUAUGGCUUCAGGCUCAUACAAGUUCACUGAUUAG